AUGAUAAACCGUGGAUGGGUGCCGGUGUCACAAAUAUCACCGAGCAGUCGCCAGAGUUCCCAGAUCAAAGGAGAGGUAACUUUCGAUGCCAUCGUCAGGAAGAGUGAAGCGCGUCCACAAUUCAUGAGUGCAAACGUACCGCAGAAAGGAACAUGGUUUUAUAAAGAUUUUGAUCAAAUGGCGAAACAGUACAAUACUGCUCCUAUAUAUCUCGAAGCAGUUUAUGGUUAG